AUGUCUCUGGCCAACAGCAGUAAGGUGAAUGAGUUUAUACUCUUGGGACUGACUGACAACCCAGAGCUGCAAGUUCCCCUGUUCAUAACUUUCACCCUCAUCUAUGUCAUCACUCUCACUGGGAACCUAGGCAUGAUCUGGUUGAUCUGGAUGGACUCUCAUCUCCACACCCCCAUGUAUCUUUUCCUCAGUAACCUCUCUCUGGCAGACUGUGUUUAUUCCUCAGCUGUAACUCCAAAGGUGAUGGCUGGGCUUAUUGUGGGGGACAAAGUCAUAUCCUAUGGGGGAUGUAUUGCACAAAUGUUCUUCUUUGUGACUUUUGCAAGCGUUGACUGUUUCCUACUUGCUGUCAUGGCCUUUGACCGUCAUGCAGCAGUCUGUAAGCCUUUACAUUACACUACCACCAUGACGACAAGUACGUGUAUUUACAUGGUGAUCAGCUGCUAUGUCUUCAGCUUGGUUGAAUCUUCUGUCUACACUGGGUUUAUCUUUGACCUCUCCCUCUGCCACUCUAAGGUGAUCCAUCACUUUUUCUGUGAUAUCCCCCCAAUCCUGGCCCUUUCCUGCUCUGAUAUCUAUGUGAGUGAGAUUGUGCUUUUUAUUUUAACAUCUUUCAAUGUCUUUUUGGCCCUCAUAGUCAUCAUGACCUCCUAUGUAUUCAUAGUCAUUGCCAUCCUGAGGAUGCGCUCAGCUGAAGGUCGGGAGAAAGCUUUCUCCACCUGUGCCUCCCACCUCACUGCUGUGACUAUAUUCUAUGGAACUAUCAUUUUCAUGUAUCUGCAACCCAGUUCUAGUCACUCAAUGGAGAAUGAUCAAAUGGCAUCUGUGUUCUAUACAAUAGUAGUUCCCAUGUUGAACCCAAUUGUCUAUAGUUUAAGGAAUAAAGAGGUUCGUAAUGCUUUCAAGAAAGCCAAUGAGAAGAUGAAGACUGUUCAUCAUGUAAUUUUAAUUAGAGAUUUACACAUUUUACACAAUCAAUUAUCUAUUGUAUAG